AUGAUCAAUGCCGCUAGCAGCUGUCCCAAAAGCGAUCCUAAUGCACGAGAGCUAGGCAAUGCAGACGUCGUGAUCGAGCCAACAAUCGCUGACGCUUCACAAGGAGCAGUUCCACAGAGCAUGCAUAGCUGGAACGAGCAGAAUAACGGGGCUAUCAAAGCCGAACCAGACGAUAAUCAAGGUGAAGGAGAUGGGGAUGAACGUCCUGUGGACUGUCCGUCUGAAUAUAUCCGUGCUGAACUCAUCGACAUAUUAUCCGACCUCUCGUUCGAAGGAGCAUUCGCCUUCAAUCGUGCGUAUCCUGAUGCACCCAAUCCGGCACUGCGCGUUGAAGGUCUGGGCACGAUUGGUCUGCCACUGAGUAUCCGGGACGCAGAGGCGAUCAAAUCGAAAGCUGAGCCAGCGCCAUUUGGUAUGGGCGAGCGUACAGUGCUCGACAAAUCCGUACGAGACACAUGGGAGAUUGAUGCAAAACAGAUUAGGUUUGAGAACCCUGCAUGGAAGACUUUCUUGGGCUCGACUUAUGUCGGAUCUCCUAUUAUACGAGUUGCCGUUUUCUCUUCGCUGCGCCCGCUCAGUCCUUGUAUUGCCAGCUUCUUGCCUCAUGUGGACACCGAGAAGAUGGAUGGCAUGUUUGCCACAAUUGUGAUAGUACUCCCGUCCAAGUUCAGCGGAGGCGCCGUGCACGUCUCGCGUGGCAGUCUAUCCUCGGUCUACGAUUGCAGUCCCAAGAGCCUAUUUGAGACAUCUGUCUUGGCAUGGUACACGGAUGUCAAGCAGGAGGUGAAGCCCAUUACGGAGGGCUUCAGACUCGCUCUAUCCUUCAAUCUGAUCCAUACCACAAGCUCGCUUCGACCUGCAUUGUCGGGGAAUGCGAACGCCGUAGAAAAAUUGCGUCGCGUUUUGCUGUCUUGGAAGCAAAACCUGGACGGCAAGGCUCCGAGCAAAGUUGUAUACCUUCUCGAUCACAAAUAUUCCCUAGCAAGUCUCCGUGGCAGCGCACUCAAAGGCGACGACGCCCAGCUUGUUGCAACACUUGACGUUGUGGCAAAGCAACUUGAUUUCCGUAUUGGCCUUGCCACCGUAGUAUGUCACCUCAAGGGCUAUGCGGAUGACUGUGGCGGAGGCUAUGGGAACGACGAGGUCAGCAUGGCAGAGGUGGAGGAGAGCGAUGUCAGCAUCGAGACUCUGGUCGACCUCGACGGAAGGCUGAUUACGGAAGAACUCGAGAUUGAUACUGAACAUGAGGCAAUACCGGAGGAUUUGGCGGACACAUUGCAAGAGGAAAAGUGCGACGACCAAGAUUAUGAGGGAUACCUCGGCAAUGGCGCUGGUUCUCUUGAACGAUGGUAUCGGCGGACUGCGCUUGUGAUCUGGCCGAAAAGGAACGACGUUGACAUCAUGCACGGCGCCGAAGGCCUUCAGUAUGCAUGCGAUACCAUCAAGGCUAGCAAUUCCGCGAGUCCUACCGCAGAUGAAAUGGACAUGGUCGACUACAUUUUCCACCGAGCAUCUGCGUCCGAUGCCACAACAGUGGUGCCCAGUGUCUGUGAGGCAGCUGUGAGAUGGAAAGAUCUGGCCACAUGGGUGAGAGUUAUCAAAGUCUGCGACGCAGAACGAAGCAUCGCCACGAUUGGUGUAAACAAUGCUUGCUCGGCCUUCCUCGUGUUUGGUUUCACGUCUAUCAAGAUCAUUAUCGAGGCCAGUCUAUUACGAGAUAGUAGCAAUCGGCUCAGGUUUCAGCUGCUAGACCACCUCCAAGAAGCGGUAUUGGAAGAAAACCGACAGUUGUUUGCAGACCUCCCCACUGGGUGGUUUGACGAACAGCGUCUCAAGAUUGCCAACACGCUCGCCAAACCCGCAGCAGACGAGUGUGAUUUGAUGUUCUCCUUGGCCACUAGAUACGGAGGGUCACCGUUCUUGGAACAGAGUAGUAUAAUUCCCCAAUUGAAGGCCUUGGCGGAUUCAUCUUUCUUGCUGGAUUUCUCUGCCUACCUACAUGACAAUAUGGUAGCAGCAGACCCGGGUGUGCGCCGGCGAAUAGUCAAGGAACUUCUAUCCGCUGCUAUUUCUGGGGUGGACUUCUAUGCCUCUACAAAGAAAGCACAGGCAUAUCCGUACUAUACAGCGUACCGUGACGAACGAUCAGAAGCUGAAAAGAAUCUCAUGCAAGCUCAACGGUACAUUCAAACGUGCCUGAAAACGGAUCAACAGGAGCUGGUGCCGCUCAUCAUUGACAAGCUCACCAACUUCAGUGGCCAGACCGGUGAAGUUAUACAGACGCAGGCGAAAGAUGUCUUGAUCCCACUGCUUUCGUCGCUGACCGAUGCCAUUCGAUCGCGUCCCGCUGAUCGUCCCGUGAUAGACUUACGCAAGUUGUGUGGCGUUGCUAUGGACCAGUAUCUUCGGUCGGCAGCUCGUUCUCCUUACAGCAUAUCUAAGCCAGACCUCUCGUCCGUCAUAAGGGCAAUGGUACUGGCAGGUCAGCCGCAAGUGGUGUUAACGACCAUCAUUCCAAGUUUGGAGGCGUUAUCUCAGAACGCGCUGAACUUCCAGACGUUAGCUGAAGAAUUGCAUGCGAACCGCGAGAACUUCUCAACUGUGGUUCCGACGACGGAUGUCCAGACGGCCAUCGUUCGGCUUGGGAAAAAAUACGCCUCAGAAGUGAAUCUUCCACAGGAAGCCAGGACUAGCAGCGUCAGCUAUGGGUAUUGGGCACGUCCUGCCACGCCAGUCACACCUGCGUCGGUAGUCAAGCCAAUUAUCGAUGCUCUGGAAUCCUGUUUCUCGUUGAACGUCCUGGAGGCAUGUCACAUCAUCCUAAGACGAGUAGUAAAUCCAGCACUUCUCGCAGAACAGUACGUCAGGGACAUUCUGGUGCCCCUCGUUCCUGAGUUGCGCAAGGUUGCCGAGGCGCACAAGGAGCCUGUCACAACUGGUGCAUCCGCUGUCGUGUUGCGCAAAACUGCUCUUGCGUGGGUCGAGAAGGUCUUAGGCCCACGGCCCGCUGACUGCACUGCUCAGAUGCAAAGCAUCCAAAGACGAUGGACAUGCAAUUGCCAACCUUGCUCCGGUGUGCGGCAGUUUCUGCUUCACAAGCCCGAACGGAGUCGUACAUGGGAAAAGAUUGGUGCCCCUGCGAAGAAACAUGUCGAAACAUAUUUGAGGUCUUGCGGUGCCGACAAAAUCGCGGCCUGGGACACAAUCCGCACAUCGCCGCAAGAUUUGAAGGUCACCAAGACGGAUGCGAUAUACCACCCUGUACGAUGGGUGUCCGACCAGAAGAAAGGAUACGCACUCCUCAAAGGUAUCAGUGGUAAUUCAGAGGAACUCCGAAUGAUACUGGAUAGCGACUACAACCGAAUCGUGGCCCUGCUGCAUGGCAAUGGAAGCGGCAUUACAACGACAACUCAAAGCAGUGCCUCGAGCAGUCGUCCCGCGGCACAAGCAGCUGCGUCCACCUCAGGAGCUAAUGUUCAAGUCGUACAGAACACCUCGCGGCCUAUGGCUUCGCAUCGUAUCGUCCCGCGGGGUACUUCAGGGACACAAGGUAUUCAAUCCAGGCCUUACUUUCACAUUGCAAAUCCGUCAACCAACAUGGCCCCAGUUUCUACAGCAUCCACUUCGACAUCCGCAGCCAUAGCAGCCGCAAGGCCGCCUAGGAAGCGGAAAAAGAUACAACAUGAUCCAACAGAUGUGAUCGAUAUUACCUCAGACUGA